UCGGGUAGAUUUGAUGCUGAGACAGGACUGGUGACGGAUCCGAAUAGCGGGACAUACAUUGUCACUUCAAGCUGCUAUCUCCCAGAAGCUUAUUGACCCAAAUCUUAUCUUCCUCUACGACAUGCCGUCCCAAAAACUGAUAAGUUUGGCUACAGCAAUAGAGGAAGGUCGAUAUGACCCCGCUACCGCGCAGUAUUGUAACCCGCUAACUGGAGAACUACUUUCACUUUCGCAAGCAGAGAAAGUAGGUGUCGUAAAAUGUCGCUUGGUUCCUGAGGAAAUGGCAAGAACUGCUCAAACACUGGAGCGUCUGCAGAAAUUAGUUGAUACUAGCAUCCCCGCUGUUAAAUCACCGUACUCCGAGGGCACAUUGACGCUAGAGGAGGCAAUAAAGGCGGGAAUUCUUAAUGUUCAACAGGGCGAGUUUCGGAAUCCGAGGACAAUGGAAGUGAUGCCCGUAACGGUGGCGUUGAAGAUGGAGAAGGUCGAUCCUCUUGCUGCUGCUUCAUUACUAGACGCUCUGGACAAGUUGUCACUACAGCAAGCCAUCGACGAUGGAUACAUCGACCCCACCACGGGCGAAUUAAUUUCGAGCCAAAGGGCUAGACCCAUUUCCAUACCGGAAGCCAUUGACCAGGGACUUCUUAACCUGGAUAAUGUCUUCGUAGUCGACAAGGAUAAUGACAAUAUUGUUUCACUGGGAACGCUUGUAGCGUCAGGAAGGUUUGAUCCCGCCACUGGGAAUGUGAUUGAUCCUAACACUGGACAAAAAUUAUCCUUGGCUGAAGCCAUUGCACGUGGAGUAAUCGAUGCUGGUAUUCGGCCGGACCAAUUCAUUGACUGUUCUGUCACACUGAAAGAACUAAUUGACUCCGGCAAAGUAAAUCCCAGGACUACUGACUUCUGUGCUCCAAAUGAUCACAAAAUGUCGCUGAGAGAUGCUCUAGCUAAUGGAUUCCUAACAAUGAACUCUAAGGUAAAGAUGGACCUUGAUUCGGGUUGUGUGGUUUUAGGGUCUGAUGAGGAAGUUGUCAAAGCUUUGGUGGAUAUUCGCGAGAACUCGGAAUGGCUACAUGGCAUAGAGCAGGCGCUCGUGUCCAGACAGAAACCCAGCCAGCGUCUGGAGCGUAUUCGACUCCAGAAGGAUGCUACAGAGGCUCUGAAAGUAGAGGUCGAAAAGCAUGAACCGGAAGUGACGUCAUCUAUAAAGCAGUCUGAUGAGUUGAUCGAAAACAACAAAUCUCAGAUGAAGGAAGAUGGCGCCCAACAGCUGCAGAAGCUGCGCUUCAAUGUAUCAGAUCUCAAGAUGCGCUUCGACGCGGCAUUUGGAGAGACUAGAAGUCGGUGCACAAGACUGGGGAAGAUGGCGGAUGAUCUGGAGGAUUUCUACAAUUCUCUCCAAGACCUUGACCAAUGGCUCGAUACUGCAAUUGAGAAAUCUCAGGACCUACAAUCAUCACGUGAAGAUCCGGAAGUGCAACACAGAGAAUACAAGGACUUUGUGGAGGAAUUACAAGAAAAGGAAGUGGAAAUGAUGCAAACAUUUAAGAUGGCCGACAGCUUCAGAGACGGAUCGCAGGAUUUCGAAAGAGAGGCUGAAACAUACAGACAGAAAAUCAAUGUUCUUCCACCGAUCAGUGAAGAGGCUGACAAUGAUGUCAUCGAUGACGAAAUCGAGGCUCUCGAAGCGAAGUACAAAGAUAUUUCCCGAGAUUGCGCCAAACAGUUAGAUAAAUUAUCUGCAAUAAUGAAAACAAAGAAAACGUUUGAUGAUCUUAACGAUAAACUAAAUGGGAUGUAUCCCGGUAUUGAGAAUAAACUACGUAAUAUUAACGAAGAAGAAUUCGGAAAAGUACCGGAAAGGGAUACAAAAGACGUGUACACAUUAAAAGACCUUAAGGCCGAAUUGAUUGGCCAGGAACGCCGGCUAAAGGACAUUACGCAAAUGGGUGAUAAGUUAUGUAAAAAUCUUAAUGAUAUGAAUAUGAAGAAGAAGUCUGAUGAAGUGAAAAAAACUGUGCUAGAUCACAAACAGAUUCACGAGGCGCUACAGAAAGACAUUGCGGACAAAGAGGAACAGCUUGAUGCCGCAGUUUCGCAACAACAGAACGUGCUGAACCGGCUCGAUGGGUUAUAUGAUUGGAUGACAGAAUGUGAAAGUAUUCUGAAUGAGAAAAAGCCGAUCAGUCUGGAAAAAGACCGAAUGGCACAACAACUCAAAGAACAAAGACGUAUGAAUGCAGAAAUUGAAAGUAACAAAGCGUUAUUGGAAAGACUUUCUACUGAAGCUGGAGAUAUGUCUAAUGGGGAUGAUGCUCAAAAGACAGUCUUUGACCUUUCAGAGAGAAUCAUGGACGUAGAUGAGAAGGCGGAACAGUUCACACAUCAACUAGAGGACGUUGUCGGUAUGGUAAAUGACCUUGAGACUAACAUUGGUCAAAUGGAUGGAUGGUUGACCGAUUCCGUAACAUCACUGAAAUCCCGGAAUAGGGGCGUAAGUCAGAAGGCAUCAAAAGCGCGUGUGGACGAAUUGUAUCAGGAAAAGAAAGAACGGGAAAUUGACAUGGAAAAUUUAAGGUCUUCUGCUAAGAAAGUCAUGGAUGACGAAAGAGUUUGUGACCAGUUCGCUCUGAAAGAGGGCCUGGGGGAGGUGGAAGGCAAGUGGCACGAGCUUACCGAACACCUUGUACAACAGGUAUCGUUAGAGGCAUUGACCGAAAUAGAUGGCAUGCUGAAAUACUUAGACAAAGCUGAAAAUGAAAUCAACACAGCUGAACCCAUCAGCAUAGAGCCCGAAACACUCACUGUGCAGCUGAAAGAUCACCUUUCAUUCAACGACGACUUGAAUCAGAAACGAAACGCGGUGAAAGAUAUUAUUAACAAAUGCAAUAGAAUGCUUCGUGAAACGACGAACUCACAAACAGAUGAAAUCAAAACAAGAUUAGAUAGCAUUCGUACUCAGGCCGACAUUGUGUGUCAACUGAGCGCUGAUAGGCUGCAUCAGUUGGAAGCGGCCUUACCAUUGGCCACUCACUUCAGUGAGAAUCAAACAGAAAUCCAGGGAUGGUUGGACGAAAUGGAAGCAGAUAUCAAAUCCCAAGGGACACCAGGAGAAAACCUGGAACAAGUUCGAAAACAGCUAGAUAAUCUUAAGAGUUCUCUACAAAAGGUUGAUGACCACAAACCGUUUAUUGACGACCUUAACGAUACUGGCCUUGAACUGAUGGAACUUUGCGGAGAUGAUGAUGCUGGAGAGAUUCAGAACAAACUUAUCGCUUAUAAUGGACGCUAUGAGAAACUGAAGGGACUAUCGAAGGAAAAGGAGCAGGAAUUGACAAAGUCACGGACUCAAAUGACCCAGGACGUGUCCGACUCUUUGGACAAUCUCUUAGACGACCUUUCGAAUCUCAAUAGGAACAUCACCACUGCCAACCCUAUACCAGCCAACCCAGACAAGCUCAAGGAUGAGCUGAAGGAGAAUCAGGUGUUAAUGUCGGAUCUGGAGCGCCUCAAACCUUCUCUUGUUAGUGUGGAAGAAUCUGUGAAACGAAUGCUUGCCCAGGGCGUGGAGGACCAAACAGAUGGGGAUGAUCUCAAACAGAAGGUGACAGAGAUAGCCACUCUGAAUAACCUGAUUAGAGAUGGCACCCUAAAACGGGACAGGGCACUUAUGGAGGCAUCCCAAGUGGCGGACCGCUUCUUUGAUGUUUGUGCGGAUACCAUGUCCAACUUGCGAGACCUCAAGGAUAAUCUGUUAUCACAGGAACCACCCGGCAUCGACCCAGCUACAGUAAAGGAACAGCAGAAGGAGUUAAAGGACCUACGUAAGGAGUUGGGGAAGUCUCGACUGUCCCUGGAGGAGUGUCGAGAGUCAGGAGAGAAAUUAAGUGGCCUAUGUGGAGAUCCGGGACUUGUCGAGAUCCGGAAACAGCUGGAGGAUAUCCACAACAUCGCUGAUGAUGUCCACGAUAUUGCACGUGAUCGUGAAGACGACCUCAAGAACGCCCUCACUCACGCGGAUAAGUUCCAAAAUCUCCUCGACUCGAUUACGGCGUGGCUCCCCUUGACAGAACAGCAACUCGACUCCUUGACACCCAUAUCAUCCCAACCGGAAGUUGUCCGCCAACAGAUUGAGGAGCUCAAGGUUUUUGCUGACUAUUAUGAUACAAAUGGGUUUUCUAAAUCUCAAAUCCAUCCACACGUGGUAGACAUGCAACAGUUGAACCAGGAGUUAUCUACCCUGAAAGACAUGUCACCAAUUGCAGCGGAGUCUCUUCACAGACCGGUAGAGGACGUUAAUGGUCGCUGGAAUAAAGUCUUAAAAACUGUAGCAGAUAGGGAGGCGAAGUUGAAAGCUAUGCAGUUGAAGAUAGGAGAGAUAGAAGAAGGCAUGGAUGGAGCUAUCGAAUCCCUCACACAUGCUCAUCAGGACCUGUCUAAAUUUGAUGAGGUUGCAGGGGAUCCAAAAUGUCUUGAGACACACAUGAAAAAGUUACAGUUACAACUCUCUGAUCUGAAAGCCCAGGAGACUAACUGCAAAAACCUCAGCAAUGCCGUCACUAAACUACUGUCACAAGACUCCGAGGACAGUCCAGCGCUCAAAGAGAAACGUGACGUCAUGAAUGACCUAAUGAGGGCAGCACAUGCAAACGGAAAAGACAAAGAAGCAAAGCUCCAGGAGAGUCUCAGACAGGUGAAGAAAUACUUAGGAGAUGUAGAUGACCUUCUACAAUGGGUGAACGACCUCAGAAUGGAACUCAAGUCGGCUUCUCCAUUUGGCGCACUUCCAGAGACGUCAAAGACUCAAUACGAGGCUUACUUGGCCCGAUAUGAAGCAUUUAAAGACAAAGAUGAGCUGAGCCAGGCGUUGAUGGCGAAGGGUCAAAAGAUGUGCGAGAAGUGUGAUCCAGAUGACGUAGCACAAAUCUCGGACCGAAUCAGAAAACUCAAAGACAGGUGGAACGAUACCAAAGAUCGGGCACAAAAACGAAAGGAAAAACUGUCUGAACAUCUUGAAAACGUGGAUGAGUUCCAUGGCACUCUUAAAACGUUUACUGAUUGGUUGAACAACGCCGAGAUCGCAAUGCGAAACUUUAAAUACCCAAGCAAGCUUGUGGAUAAGGUCACAGUUCAGCUUGAGGAACACAAUAAAAUGAAACAGGAACUAGACCAGCAUUCAGAGCGAAUGCAGACUUUGGACAGAACUGGAAGUUACCUAAAACAUUUCUGUCGAAAACAAGAUACUAUUUACAUAAAAAAUCUCCUAGUGGGCAUACGUUUACGAUGGAAGAAACUACUUCGAAGAACCGACGAGAGAGGGCGUCUUCUCAAGCAUGCGCACAGAGAAGAUAAAAGGUUCUACGAUGCCUGGAAGGGACUUUGUGAUUGGCUAGACGAGAGUUCAAAGACAGUGUCAAAGUUCAUGUCGCCCGUGGCGCAAGGUUCAGCUACGAAGGAGAACAUCGAUGAUUUGAAGAAAAUAUUUGCAGAGGCAUUUCACCAGCGGUUCCAACACGAACUUGCCGGUAAACACACAACGUUCUACUCAGCCACCCGUCUAGGCCGAAACCUUAAGGACAGGUGUACCAAGUCCGAUCCGGAGAGGGAUGUGCUACAGCAGAUGCUGGAUGAUCUAAAAGAUAGAUGGAAUUCAGUUAGGUCGGUGAUAUCGAGAAGCCAGAACAAGCUGGACGAGGCGUUACUAACGUCAGGGCGGGUGACGGACGCUCUGACGUCAUUGCUGGAAUGGCUGGGAAAGGCGGAAGCCACCCUAGCGGAGGACCAGCCCGUCCUUGGAGACCUGGAUACCAUACACAUGCUCAUUGAGCAACACAAGGGUAUGCAACAGGAGCUUGGGGCCCGGGAACAGACCGUGGCAGCAAUGAAGGCUGCCGGUAACGUGUCGGCCGCGCACCUAGAGGAACUGGAGACCACGUGGGAUCGGGUCAACAGACUCAGUGACCACCGCGAAAAUAAACUUCGGGAUUCUCUCCAACUGGCGGAGGAAUUCCAAGAUGUCGUCCAAGUGAUGCGUGAGUUUUUACCUCAGGCAGAAGCUGAACUGAAGUACAAAGCUCUCCCUGAUGAUGAAGUAGCAAUUAUUCAGUUAAUAGAGAAACAUGAGAAGUUUCAAGAGGAUCUCAGGAAUCACCAGGAAUGUGUUGACAAAAUAAAACUAUUAGCAGAAGAAAUUUUACUAAACUGCCAUCCAAACGCCAUACGAUUUGUGAAAUAUUACCUCACCAUCACACAAACAAGAUGGGACCAGUUAUUACAACGGGCUAAGAAUAGGGGUCAGAGGUUACAGGAAGCUUUACGCAGUAUCCAGGGCAACGCCGCCCUUGUAGAGGACCUCCUUGCAUGGCUGACGGACGCCCAGGUCCUACUGUCAACGAAGGAGCGUGAUCCUAUUCCAGAUGACCUCAAGGUCGUAGAGGAUCUCUAUAAAGACCACGUGGAAUUCCACGAUGAAAUUACAAGUAAAAAUAAUGAUGUAGAAAGAUUAACCAAAAUUAUAAACGCGGAGCCAAAAUCACCUGGACGUAUUCAUGGCAGUAACAUGAAAUUAAAUGAAAGUGACAUCUACAAUCCUCGAGUUAUAACGCUACAGAACAAAUGGAGGAUCGUAUGGCGCAUGUCAGUUGACCGGAAGAAGAAUUUACAGGAUGCACUUGACACGCUACUAGAGUUGGAAAGCUUUAAAACGUUUGACUUCGGAGUUUGGAAGACUAAGUAUUUGAAUUGGAUUAAGGCCAAAAAGAUGAGAAUCACAGACUUCUUCAGACGACAAGAUAAGCGAGGGGAUGGCCUAUUACUCAGGGACGACUUUGUGAACGGAAUGCUUAUAACACGUUUCCCAACGAACCGAACAGAGCUCCAUGCUGUAUUCGAUAUUUUUGAUCGAGACGGAAGAGACGUAAUUGAAUAUAAAGACUUCAUUGAAGCAUUAAAACCGACUAGACAUCAAAAGACACGUUUGAACAGUAGUAACCGACAGAUGACGGACGCUGAACUGAUCCACGAUAACAUCGAGAAGGAGAUAUCUGGAUGUCAGUGUAGGAAUUCGUUCAGAGUAGAAAGGCUUGCGGAGGGAAAAUACAGGUUCGGGGAGAAACAGAAUAUUAGACUUGUGCGGUUCCUGAACAGUACGGUGAUGGUACGGGUAGGCGGAGGCUGGGUCACACUUGACGAGUUCCUGGAAACAAAUGACCCGUGUCGAGGCGAAAGAGUUAUAUAUCCCUCAACUACGACUUCAAAAGGACGAACUAAUUUUGACCUCAGGGAUACCCUCUCACCAGACGGACAGACGAGUUUCCGGACCCGAAAGGGUAGUGGCACGUUUGGCUAUAAAUCGAAACUUAACGAUACAGGAUAUGCAUCGUCUGUCUCAUCAGCCGGAAGUUCUGGGGACCGUUCAUUGCGCCGAAGUAGGGUGACUUCCUCAAUGGUCAAUCUUUCUGGGGCAGGUGGUUCGCCCUCAGUCAACCGGAUUCACAAAAAUGCAGACUUUGGGUCCACUGGAAGUCUCACGAGGACGAAGCGACUAAGCACCUCCUCCACAAACGUGAACUCGCCAACCAGCUCGCGCGCGCGCAACCCAUCGACGCCAUCUAGACUAAACAAUACGAUAUCAAGGUCGACAACUCCUCAACCUACGCCGACUUAUGUUUCACGUUCAAAGACGCCGACACCUAGGUCAACAUCGUCUUCCCGCACAGCGGGCACUCCCAAUAGAACAGCCACAACUCCAACUCCUAAAACAUCAACUCCGACCCGUACAGGACGUACUACACCAACAUUCACGGGAAGGUCAACCCCAUCUGGUCGAACCACGCCCACAAUGACAAAUGGAUCUAGUAGUGGUAAUAAUAAUAGUAGAAGACUUCCUUCAACACCAAAGACUUUUCGGUGAUUGUUUGAGAUAAAGUGGAAAUACGCAUGCGUGAACGGAUAUAGGUUGUAUGAACAUGCGCAAGAGGACUUCCAGGGAAUGUGUAUGUGGAGUAUGACAGCUUGGAGUUCCACAUAUAUCAGUGCGGAUGUACUUGUGUGUCGGAGUGAGAGGGACUCUGAAAUUAUUGUUGAUAGUGUUACUGAGUGUGUAUAUAUGAUACAUGACAGAAUGAACUACUACCCUAUGGCAUUGAGAAUCCCUGAGUUAUGUGAAAGAGACUAAUCACUCAAACUGUCAAAGUACCUGACUUUAAAUCCGAAGUCAGACAGUAUCUAACAGCUUCCGUGUAAGGAAAAGUAUAAAAAGUGUACGGUUUCUUAAUAUCAGAAACCCCCAAAACACUCGUGUUCUGACAGACUUAUAUAUAAUUAAUAGAAGGGAGGAUUCCAUAAUCACGUGAAUGUUUUGUUAUAAAAAUCACGUAAUUUUGCACGAGAAAGAAAUUCAUGGAAGACGGAAGUGAAUAAACACAAAUGUCUUUCAAUUCAUAUUUUUAUACCCAGAUAUUAUUUUUAAAGGACCAGGAUGUAAUUCGAUAUUCAUUGUGAAUAAACUUUGUCUGAUCUGACGUCUUGAGAACGUUUUGAUUGGCUAGAGUGAAUCAUUUAUACGUUUAGGGGUAUAUAGGGGGGAUGCGUCUAGAAUUAACUUUAUAGAAUUAGCUUAUUGUACCUAAACAAAAAUAUAACAAAUAUACUGCCGUUUUUGUUGAUACAUGUAUUUAAAUUCAGUUAUAACUGUUUAUGAUAUUCUGUUUUAUAUAACAGCAAAAAUUGGAAAAUGAAAAAUGUCUCAUUUACUGAGAUAAAUGUCUCAAUUAUGUUCUGUAAUCUUAUUUAUGAGCAUUAUCCCAAUAUAACCAAUUAAAGAUCAUAUCAGUUCCGUGAUAAACGUGAGAGAGUUAUACUUCAAAUGUAUGACUACCAUUAAAUCAUUGCAACUGUACAUUCCAAAUACAUUACAUAUAUAACAGGGUUUUCUGAAAUGACUAAUUGCUCAUUUUAAUUAACCAAUAUGAUAUCUUUAGUGUUACAUGUAUUUUAGGGAGAAAAAUAAAUAUACAUGUAUUUGAUAAAUACAUACUGUAAACAAAUUAAUUUGCAUGGAUAUUUAUUAUCGAGAUUUACUGUGAACAAUAUGCUAGCGAGAAUUUUUCUCACCAAAGUCAACAAUGGCAUAUUUGUAAAAUGAUAAAUAGCAAAUAUAUGUCUUGAUAAAGAUGGACAAACUGAUGUAUUUACUGUAUUUUCUCCUAUCUCGCUAAAAUGUUACAUCGCUAAAUAUCAAUAUUUCACAGUAUGUAUGUUGUUUACCUAAGACAGGUGUUGUAGGUGCUAGUUAUACGAGAGGGUACACCUGUCAGUUGAAUUCUAUGUAAGGCCUAUAUCAUAUCUAUGCAACAUUUUUAAGUUGUUUUCUUUAAUUUUUUCUGAAAUACGUCCUUUUUUUCUCUGUUACUAGACAUUUGAAGUUUGUUCUUAGCUAAAUUCUAAAGAUAAGAAUUCAGUUUCUGAAUUGAGACUUUCCUAUGAAAUUUAAAUAAUCAAAAUAUUUUUUGAGUUUCAAGCGAUACUUUGUGUAUUCAGUGAUAACCUGUUAGUCUGAGCACAUUAUUUAAAGAGAAAUGUAUUCAUUUCUUCAUAUUUCUGUUCAGAAAUUUGAAUGUGGAGUGUUCAGACUAGCAUGAAUUCACUGUAUAUUGUAUACUGAUAUUUUUUUACUAUUGUUUCAUAUAUGCAUGAACAAAACAUUCCAUUUUCAAAAGCUUUUAUUGUAUCAUAACCUUAUCAUCAUGACCUCAUUGAACCAUAUCACCAUUUAAGUCACCUUUGGGCCCGGCAUUGUAUAGAAUCUAUGUCAUACUUAAUGUAAUAUUAAAACAAUCGUAAUAUG